ACAGGUGUUUACAAAAUAUGGGAAAUGCUAUAUGUUUAACUCAGGAGAAGAAGGACGGCCUCUUCUUACCACAGUUAAGGGUGGGACAGGCAAUGGAUUGGAAAUCAUGCUAGACAUCCAGCAGGAUGAAUAUUUGCCAAUAUGGGGAGAAACAGAAGAGACGACAUUCGAGGCUGGAGUCAAAGUUCAGAUCCACAGCCAGUCGGAGCCGCCGUUUGUCCAGGAGCUCGGCUUCGGGGUGGCCCCUGGAUUCCAGACCUUUGUGGCCACCCAAGAGCAAAGGCUGACCUACCUGCCUCCGCCGUGGGGUGAAUGUCGCUCGUCAGACAUGGGCUUAGACUUCUUUCCCGUUUACAGCAUCACGGCUUGCAGGAUCGACUGCGAGACACGGUAUAUUGUGGAAAACUGCAACUGCAAAAUGGUUCACAUGCCAGGGGAUGCUCCCUUCUGUACCCCAGAGCAGUACAAGGAAUGUGCAGAGCCUGCGCUCGGUUUGCUUGCUGAAAAAGACAGCAAUUACUGCAUCUGCAGGACACCCUGUAACCUGACCAGGUACAACAAAGAGCUCUCCAUGGUCAAGAUCCCCAGCAAGACUUCGGCCAAGUACCUGGAGAAGAAAUUUAACAAAUCAGAAAAAUAUAUCUCAGAAAAUAUUCUUGUCUUGGACAUAUUUUUUGAAGCACUCAACUAUGAGACGAUUGAGCAGAAGAAAGCCUAUGAAGUGGCAGCCUUACUUGGUGACAUUGGAGGCCAGAUGGGGCUAUUUAUUGGUGCUAGUAUCCUCACUAUACUAGAGCUCUUUGAUUAUAUAUACGAGCUGAUCAAGGAGAAAUUAUUAGACCUACUUGGCAAGGAGGAAGAGGAAGGGAGCCAUGAUGAAAACGUGAGCACUUGUGACCCCAUGCCAAACCAUUCGGAAACCAUCAGCCACACUGUGAACGUGCCACUGCAGGCCACCCUGGGAACACUGGAGGAGAUCGCCUGCUGACACCGCCCGACCUCUGCACAGUGCCAACACCUAAGGAAGGGAAACUGCACGGGAAAGCAGGGACCGAGCUCAGUCUCUGAUUUUCACUACAAGAAGGAACUCGCGGGCCCAGCCAUCCCCUGAAAUCACCAUUACUAACGUCGUAGGCUGAAUUAGAAUAAAGAAACAAAAAGUCGCAGCUCUUGGAUUCUUCUUACGUUCUUGUCCUUCGUGUCAGUCUGUGAUGAAUCUUAAGCUAAGCCAGGUCCCCGAGGCCGGGCCACCUCAGCGCUGCCCGACACCCCCAGGUGAGCAUCCCUGCAUCCCUGCGGAGGGGCAACCGUGUGGCUCUCGGUAGGAUCGUCCCCACCCGGCUGCUGUGUCGUGCUCCUCCAUCUGCAGUGCCUGGACAGUCCUUGGGGGGGGGGAGGUGUGUGGGA